UAUGAAUAAUCCAAAAUGCUAAUCCUGUUUCAAAUUUAUUGCAAUUGUAUUAUGCAAAGAAUGUAAUAUACAUAUAUGUUUCAAAUGUGAUGAAAAUAUUCAUUAAGAUAAGAAUGAUAAUCAUUAUAGAACAACAAUUUCAUUCCAAACUAAAUCAACUUAAUAACCUGAAAAUGAUAAUCAAAUGGAAAUAAUAAAAUAAAAGAAAAAAUAAUUACAAGAAUUGAAAGACAAGGAAUCUCAAUUGACUAAAUAUUACUAAGAUAAAAUGAUAUAAGCCAAGAAGAAAUAUGAAUAAUAAAUUUCAGCCUUAGAAAAUAGAUGUAUAAUAUAUAGUAUAUGUAGUAUAAUAGGCUCAGUAAUUCAUGAAUGAAAUAGGUCAAGAUAAUGGAGAACUUGAUGUUGAUAAUAUGUAAAAUGAAUUGGAGAAUUUAGAAAAGAGUUUGAAAACUGAAAUUAAAAUAGCGGAAGAAGAACAAAAAAAAUUAGAUGAGAAAACUUUAAAAGUUGAUACUUUAUUAGAUAGAGUUAAAAAAGCUACAGAUAUAGAAUAAUAAUAAAUAUCUAAAAUGAAUGAAGUUAUAUAGAUAUUUAAGGCUUGUUCAGAAUAAUUACAGAAAGAAAAAGUAAUAAUAUAUUAUUAUAUAUUUAAGGAUCUAUUGAUGCUUGAUAAUGAAAAAUUAAUUGGAGAAGUAGAGAUCUUUGCUAAAUUCUUUGAUGAAAAUGGACCUUUGAUGGAAGAAUUAAAUGCAUAAAAGAAUAAUGAAUAAUAAUGAA